AUGUUUAUUUUAAAAUUUUUAGCGAUCGAGUUUUUACUUCCAGUUAUUCCAACAAAUAUUAAAGAAAUGAAGAUUGCUCGUUAUUUCUUUGAACAACUUUUUACUUGUGCUUUUAAAGAUGCUAAUUUUUAUAACGUCAUAUUCAAUCCUCAAAUGCUUGAAUUAUUAUUUGAUGACAAUAAAACAAGAAUACCUUUAAGGGUUCAUUCGCAUGAAUCUAUUCUCAUUAAGUUUCUUGACACAUCUAUUUCAUUAAAAUUUGUGUUAAAUCAUAUGCGUUCUUAUCACUUUACAUCUAAUUUUGGUGCAACAAACGACGAUAAUGAUCAAACUAUAGAAAUUCUGUUUAACAUUUUGAAAAAUGGAGGAAAUAUAUUUUAUCGAAUUUCUUAUGAUAAUCGGCAUUCGCUACAACUUUACAAUCUUAUUAUAAAGGUAAAGGUUAAUAAAGUGAUCUCUGGGCUUUGUCUUCUAGGGUUCUAUAUGGUUUAA